GUGGCAACACUGUGUUACGCAUAUUAUGUGUUUGUUGUUUACUGUACUAUAUUAUUACGGAAAGUGCGUGUAGCUACUUUUAUGCCUCGAAUGCACAUGUAUCAUAUGAACAUAGUAUGUUAUGAUUCGAUUAUUGGAGGGUUAAAAAUAAAUUGUAUACAAUAUUAAGAAAAAUGGGUAUAACGACAAAGCAGGAGACUCAUCGACCAGGAGUUUGUAAACAAAUUAAUAAAGCACAUAAAACAGGGAGACAUCGAAGUAAAGGUACUAUUGGUAAUGAGAUUAAAGGGAAAACUAAUAUAAAAGUUAUAUCGAAGCAAAUUCAUAAAAAUUUAAACAGAGAUGCGCGAAGACAUCAGUCUUCGCAACUCAGAAAGAAGAAGAGAGAAAAAGUUUUAGCGCAAAAACGAAAUCUUGGUGGCACCCAUUCGGCCCCUAUUCUCAUAUGCAUAAUAUCACUACAAGAAGAUUUGGUAUUAGAGCAGAUUGUUUCAAAAUUCAAAAAUGCAGAUGACACUAUAAAUGUUUGUACGAGUCCAUAUGGAAUUACUUAUAUAAGUAUACCUAGAUUUAAACAACGUUUUUCAAUUAUUGUUCCUCCUAUUGGUAACAUUAUUGCAACGUUGGAUGCAGCUAAAGUCGCAAAUACUGUGCUUUUUGUUGUUUCUGCUACCAAUAUGGCAGAUGGGACUAUUAGAGAAGAAAUUCUAGAUGCAUGGGGUAAUGAAAUAAUAGUCUCUUGUUUGGGACAAGGUUUGCCUACUACUAUUGUUGCUGUUACGAAUGUAAACAAACUACCUUUCAAGAAAUGUCAAGACUAUAAACAACAUGUAAUACAGACUCUUUCAAAGUGGCUUCCUGAAGAAAAAGUUUUCCAUUUGGAUAAACCCAUUGAUUCAUUGAAUAUUUUACGUCGGGCAGGUACACAAAAACAAAGAACUGUAUCAUAUAAAGCAAAAAGGCCGUAUUUGUUAGCGGAAGAUUUAAAGUUUAAAUCUAAUGAGGAUUCGGUUGAUCAUGGAACUCUUAUGGUCACAGGAUAUUUGCAGGGUUUAGCAUUAUCUGCAAAUGAUUUAAUACAUAUCUCUGGUUUAGGAGAUUUUCAAAUGUUACAAAUCGAUGCCGUUGAUGACCCAUAUCCGAUAGAUAAGAAUAAAUCGAAGAAGCAAUCUGAAUUUGUAGAAAUUGAUAUGAAGAGUGAUAUUUCAGUCAGAGUACUCGAGCAUGCAGAUUGUAACAAACAGGAAUCACUUGAAAGUGAAAACAUACCAGAUCUAAUGGAUGCAGAACAAAUUUGGCCUACUGAAGAAGAAUUGGCACAGGCAGUAGCUGCUCAAAAGAAAAAGGUUGUAAAAGUAGUACCAAAAGGCAUGUCUGAAUAUCAAGCAGCUUGGAUUCUUGAUGAGGAUGCUGAAUAUUCAGAAAAUGAAUCUGAUGAUAAUAUGUCUGUGGAUGGUAUAAAGUCUCAAGCAAAUAGCGAAGCUGACAUGGCAUCCGACGAAGAGUAUGAAACAAUUACAAUAUCAGAGGCGGCACCUGAUGAACGUAUGUAUGAUCAGAAUAUUGAUAUGAUGGAAGAAAAGGAAGCUAUGGAGAAAAUAAAGCAAGCAAAAUUGGACGUUCAGUUUCCCGACGAAGUGGAUACACCUCAACAUAUGUUGGCUAAAAUUAGAUUCCAAAAGUAUCGUGGACUUGAAUCAUUUCGAACAAGUCCUUGGGAUCCCAAGGAAAAUUUACCGCUGGACUAUGGACGCAUAUUUCAAUUUGAAAAUUUUGAUCGAACGCGUAAACGAAUAUUCAAAGAAAAUCAGGAAUUAAGUGCUUUGCCUGGUUCGUACGUUACGCUUCAUGUUGCUAACGUUAAAAGAGAUCUUUUUACUGCAUUCUGUACAUUAGACAAUCGGCCAUUAAUCGUUUUUGGACUACUCCCAAACGAACAAAAAAUGUCUCUCCUAAAUAUUGUAUUAAAUCACGCUAAUAGUUAUCAGCAAGCUAUAAAGUCUAAAGAAAGAUUAGUGUUCCAAUGUGGAUUUCGAAGAUUUUCGGCCUGCCCAAUAUUUAGUCAACAUACAAAUGGAUCUAAACAUAAAUAUGAGAGAUUUUUCCAUCCAGAAACGACUAUAGUUGCGAGCAUGUAUGCACCAAUUAUCUUCCCACCAUGCCCGGUUUUAUGCUAUAUCGAGCAAAAAAAUGGUAGUUUAGAUCUAGUUGCUACUGGAAGCGUUUUAUCCGCUAACCCGGAUAGAAUUAUUGUAAAAAGGGUAAUUCUAAGCGGGCAUCCCUUUAAAGUACAUAAACAUUCUGCUAUAGUUAGGUUUAUGUUUUUCCAUCGCGAAGAUAUCAACUGGUUUAAACCUGUGCAACUUAGGACAAAAUAUGGACGCAGAGGUCACAUUAAAGAACCUUUAGGUACACACGGUCAUAUGAAAUGUGUAUUUAAUGGACAGUUGAAAUCUCAAGACACUGUAUUGAUGUAUUUAUAUAAGCGGGUAUUUCCGAAUUGGACUUACGAACCAUUCUUAACUCAAAUAUCCGAAAAAGACGACAAUAUGAACAUAGAUUAAUAAUGAAAAUGUCAUCUAGAUAAUUAUUAUAUAAUUCAAGUUGAUUCAGUAAGAGAACCUAAAAAUUAUCUGAUUUAUUUUUAUUUUAGUUACGUAUACUUAUAUAUAAAUAAUGAUAUAUAGUAAUAUUUAUUAUAUAGUAUCCGUUCGGUUAAAAAUUCAGAUAUUUUACUCAAAUGUGAACAAGAGUCGACUAAUAAUUCGUAAAAUCGGAACUUUUACGAAUUGAAGAAGAUAACUUUUUGCUAUGCUUAUUCCCAGAGUGCUGCGAUUUUGCAUGAUAUUAAAGAAAGUAUCAUCAUGGUUUUUAUCUUGUGUUAAUGAGAAAAUAGUAGAACGUUUGAAAUCACGACAGUUCAGCGGGUAUGCUGGUUUUUCUUCUACGAGUUCUAAUAGGUUGUAAACUUUGAAUACGGAAGUAACUCAAUUGGCGUUCCCUCUCAUGUUCUUCCAUGCUAAGUUUGUUCAAAAGAAUAGGGCCAGAUAUCAUCAUGACAAUCGCACCGAGGGGCGCUAAAAAGACGAUAGCAACUAUCGAUAUUCUGACGACGUCGAGCGCCAAUUCGAUUUGUUCUGGAUUUUCUUCAGUCGUGCGUUCAUAGGUCAUGGGUGCCAAUGCAGCCUACGAUAUGUAAUUAUAUUUUUCCUAUCGAUUUUUCAAAGUAUAAUAGCAAUUAUAUACAUAAGUCCAGCAGGAAUAAAAAAAUAAAUAUCAACCUGAAGAGUACCCUUGGGUAUCCAAGCGAGAGCGAUGAAUGUUCUUUCCUUCCAGGAGAAGUGUGUCUUGAUCGUUGAUAAAAUGGCAACAAUGCAACGUGUCUAUAUAAGAAAUAUAUUUUCGAAGAUGAAAGAAAGAUUUCGCUUUAUUUACAUUUAUAAAGAAAAGCUUACCGUUAAACCAAUGAGUAUGCAAGUACAGUAAAGACCGAAUCUUGAUAAGGACCAAUUCUUAAAAUCGAUAUCGGCUCCGAUGACACCAACCAAAACGGGCUGCAUAAAAUGCCAGAGAAAGUACAUUGCUCUUCGAAGCGGCAUUGUCUGUCGUGUAAUAAUAAUUGUUUUUUGUUUCUCUCUCUCUUUCUCUCUCUCUCUUUUUCUCUUUUUCUCUUUUUUAUUUAUUUUUGCCUUUUUCUUAUUAUCUUUUUAUAUUCCGAAUAUUUUGGUAAAAUAGUUAAUAUACGAGACGACGCACUUUCGAAGUAGCAUGAUCGACUAUGAAGUAGUAUGAUAAAA